GAUAUAAGAGAACAAAAGAGGGCACAUGUUCUAUUGUCACCAAGGCAGAGUGAGCAGCCAGGCCUGGGAACGUGUCCACUCUCUGGUCCUUUUAUUGAAAACAAGACUUCACAAUGGGUGACGCAAUGAUGGCGGAUUUUGGGCCUGCUGCGUCAUAUCUGCGAAAGUCGGACAAAGAAAGACUAGAGGCUCAGACUCGUAUUUUUGACAUUAAGACUGAAGUUUUCAUCCCUGACGUGCAGGAGGAGUUUGUAAAAGCCAAAAUCACCAGUCGUGAAGGAGGCAAAGUGGUCGCUGACACUGCAGGUGGCAAGACCGUCACAGUGAAAGAAAGUGAUGUGCACCAGCAAAACCCACCCAAGUUUGAUAAAAUUGAAGACAUGGCGAUGCUGACCUUUCUGCAUGAGCCAGCCGUGCUGUACAACCUCAAAGAGCGUUAUGCAGCCUGGAUGAUCUAUACAUACUCAGGACUGUUCUGCGUGACUGUGAACCCCUACAAGUGGCUUCCUGUGUACAAUGCAGAGGUUGUGGCUGCUUAUCGUGGGAAGAAGAGGAGUGAAGCCCCACCUCACAUCUUCUCCAUCUCUGACAAUGCCUAUCAGUACAUGCUGACAGAUCGAGAAAAUCAGUCCAUCCUGAUCACUGGAGAAUCUGGUGCUGGGAAGACUGUAAAUACCAAGCGUGUCAUCCAGUACUUUGCUAGUAUAGCAGCAGUUGGAGGAAAAAAGGAUGCAGCCAGUGCCAACAAGGGGACUCUGGAGGAUCAAAUUAUCCAGGCUAACCCUGCACUGGAAGCUUUUGGCAAUGCAAAGACACUCCGAAAUGACAACUCCUCCCGAUUUGGUAAAUUCAUUCGAAUCCACUUUGGUGCCUCUGGAAAGCUGGCUUCUGCUGACAUAGAGACCUAUCUCCUGGAGAAGUCUCGUUGCAUCUGCCAACUGAAGUCUGAAAGAGAUUAUCACAUUUUCUACCAAAUCCUGUCCAAUAAAAAGCCAGAGCUUCUGGACAUGCUCCUGGUUACCAACAACCCAUAUGACUAUUCCUACAUCUCCCAAGGAGAAGUCACAGUCGCCUCCAUAGAUGACGCUGAUGAGCUCAUAGCAACAGAUAGUGCCUUCGAUGUCCUGGGAUUCACUGCUGAGGAAAAGGCUGGUGUGUACAAGCUGACUGGAGCUAUCAUGCACUCUGGAAACAUGAGGUUCAAGCAGAAGCAAAGGGAAGAACAGGCAGAACCAGAUGGGACUGAGGAGGCUGACAAAGCUGCCUACCUCAUGGGUCUGAACUCUGCUGACCUCCUGAAGGGUUUGUGUCACCCCAGAGUCAAGGUGGGGAAUGAGUAUGUCACCAAAGGACAGAGUGUCCAACAGGUGACCUAUUCUAUCGGUGCCCUGGCCAAGUCAGUGUACGAGAAGAUGUUCAUGUGGAUGGUGGUGAGAAUUAACACCACAUUGGAGACCAAGCAGCCCAGACAAUACUUCAUUGGAGUGUUGGAUAUUGCAGGAUUUGAGAUCUUUGAUUUUAACAGCUUUGAGCAGCUCUGCAUUAACUUCACCAACGAGAAGUUGCAGCAGUUCUUCAACCACCACAUGUUUGUGCUGGAGCAGGAGGAAUACAAGAAGGAGGGCAUUGAGUGGGAGUUCAUAGACUUUGGCAUGGACCUGCAGGCCUGCAUUGAUCUCAUAGAGAAGCCCAUGGGCAUCAUGUCCAUCCUAGAAGAGGAGUGCAUGUUCCCCAAGGCAUCAGAUGUGACCUUUAAAGCCAAACUGUAUGAUAAUCAUCUGGGCAAGUCCAAUAACUUUCAGAAACCCAGGAAUAUCAAGGGGAAGCCUGAGGCUCACUUUGCGCUGGUGCACUACGCUGGCACAGUGGACUAUAACAUCAUGGGCUGGCUGGAGAAGAACAAGGACCCACUGAACGAGACUGUGGUGGGGCUGUACCAGAAGUCAUCUCUCAAACUGCUGUCUCUUCUGUUUGCCAACUAUGCCAGUGCUGACUCAGACAGUGGUGGGAAAGGCAAAGGAGCAAAGAAAAAGGGUUCUUCUUUCCAGACAGUAUCUGCUUUGCACAGGGAGAAUCUGAACAAACUAAUGACCAAUCUGAAAACCACACAUCCUCACUUUGUACGUUGUCUCAUCCCAAACGAACGGAAGGCUCCAGGUGAAAUGGACAAUCCCUUGGUGAUGCACCAGCUCCGCUGUAACGGUGUCCUGGAAGGAAUUAGAAUCUGCAGGAAGGGAUUCCCCAACCGUAUCCUGUAUGGGGAUUUCAGGCAGCGUUACCGAAUCCUGAACCCAGCGGCCAUACCUGAAGGGCAGUUCAUAGACAGUAGAAAAGGAGCAGAAAAACUUUUAGGAUCACUGGAAAUUGACCACACUCAGUACAAGUUUGGACAUACAAAGGUAUUCUUUAAAGCCGGUCUGUUGGGUACUCUUGAAGAAAUGAGGGAUGAACGGCUCUCUAGGAUCAUUACUCGAAUCCAAGCACAAUCUCGGGGAUUGCUGAUGAGAAAAGAGUUUAAGAAGAUUUUGGAGCGCAGAGAUGCACUUCUGGUAAUUCAAUGGAACAUCCGAGCUUUCAUGUGUGUCAAGAACUGGCCCUGGAUGAAACUUUAUUUUAAGAUCAAGCCCCUACUCAAGAGUGCAGAGACAGAGAAAGAGAUGGCAAACAUGAAGGAAGAGUUCCAGAGGCUGAAGGAAGCCCUGGAGAAGUCUGAUAGCAGGCGCAAGGAGCUGGAGGAGAAGAUGGUCUCUUUGUUGCAAGAGAAAAAUGAUCUGCAGCUACAAGUUCAAUCUGAACAAGACAACUUGAAUGAUGCUGAGGAGAGGUGUGAGCAGCUUAUCAAGAACAAGAUUCAGUUGGAGGCUAAGCUAAAAGAGGAGACAGAGAGGCUGGAAGAUGAGGAGGAGAUGAAUGCGGAGCUGACAGCUAAGAAGCGGAAGCUGGAGGAUGAGUGUUCUGAGCUCAAGAAGGAUAUUGAUGACCUAGAGCUGACCUUGGCCAAAGUGGAAAAGGAGAAGCAUGCCACAGAGAAUAAGGUUAAGAACCUGACUGAAGAAAUGGCUGGUCUAGAUGAGAUUAUUGCCAAACUAACCAAGGAGAAGAAGGCUCUGCAGGAGGCUCACCAGCAGACUCUUGAUGACCUUCAGGCUGAAGAAGACAAAGUCAAUGUUUUGACCAAGGCCAAAGCCAAGCUUGAGCAGCAGGUUGAUGAUCUGGAGGGAUCUUUGGAGCAGGAGAAAAAAAUUAGAAUGGAUCUGGAACGAGCCAAGCGAAAGCUGGAAGGUGAUCUGAAACUGACUCAAGAGAAUGUUAUGGAUCUUGAGAAUGACAAACAACAGCUGGAGGAGAAGUUGAAGAAGAAUGAGUUUGAGAUUAGCCAGCAAAAUAGCAAAAUUGAGGAUGAACAAUUACAAAGCAUACAGCUACAGAAGAAGCUUAAAGAGCACCAGGCUCGUAUUGAGGAGCUGGAGGAGGAGCUGGAAGCAGAGAGAACAGCGCGGGCCAAGGUAGAAAAGCUUCGCUCUGACCUGUCAAGAGAGUUGGAGGAGAUCAGUGAGCGCCUAGAAGAGGCUGGAGGAGCCACCUCAGUGCAACUGGAGCUCAACAAAAAGAGGGAGGCAGAGUUUCUGAAACUCAGGAGAGAUCUAGAGGAGUCCACUCUGCAAUCAGAGGCCACAGCAGCCACACUCAGGAAAAAGCAUGCAGACUCUGUGGCAGAGCUCAGUGAGCAGAUAGACAAUCUGCAGAGAGUGAAACAGAAACUGGAGAAGGAGAAGAGUGAACUGAAACUGGAACUAGAUGAUGUAGCAUCCAACAUGGAGCAGGUGGUAAAAUCCAAGGCAAACUUAGAAAAGUUGUGCCGCACAUUAGAAGACCAGAUGAAUGAGCACCGGAGCAAGUACGAUGAGUCUCAAAGAUCACUGAGUGAGUUUACAUCCCAGAAAGCAAAGCUGCAGACAGAGAAUGGGGAGCUGUCCCGCAGGUUGGAUGAGAAGGAAGCAUUAGUGUCUCAGCUGACUCGAGGAAAGCAAACGUACACUCAACAGUUGGAUGACAUUAAACGGCAAAUGGAGGAAGAGAGUAAGGCCAAAAAUGCACUAGCCCAUGCUCUGCAGUCUGCCCGUCAUGACUGUGAUCUUCUGAGGGAACAGUAUGAAGAGGAACAAGAGGCCAAGUCAGAGCUGCAACGAGUUCUGUCUAAAGCCAAUGCAGAGGUGGCCCAGUGGAGAACCAAAUAUGAGACUGAUGCUAUCCAAAGGACGGAGGAGCUAGAGGAGGCCAAGAAGAAAUUAGCGCAGCGGCUUCAGGAAGCAGAAGAAGCUGUAGAGGCUGUAAAUGCAAAAUGCUCAUCUCUUGAGAAGACCAAACACAGACUGCAGAAUGAAAUAGAGGAUCUGAUGGUGGACUUGGAGAGAUCAAAUGCUGCAUCUGCUGCACUGGACAAAAAACAAAGGAACUUUGAUAAGAUCCUAGCUGAGUGGAAGCAGAAAUUUGAGGAAUCACAGACGGAGCUGGAGUCCUCACAAAAGGAAGCUCGCUCCCUCAGCACUGAGUUGUUCAAGUUAAAGAAUGCCUAUGAGGAGUCUCUGGAGCAUCUUGAGACUUUCAAGAGGGAAAACAAAAACCUUCAAGAGGAAAUCUCAGACCUAACAGAGCAACUGGGAGAGGGCGGAAAGAGCAUUCAUGAGCUGGAAAAGGUUAGAAAGCAACUGGAGCAGGAGAAGAUGGAGCUGCAAACAGCUCUGGAAGAAGCUGAGGCCUCAUUGGAGCAUGAAGAAGGUAAAAUCCUGCGCAUCCAGCUAGAGUUCAACCAGAUAAAGUCUGAGAUUGAGCGGAAAUUGUCAGAAAAGGAUGAAGAGAUGGAGCAAGCUAAGAGGAACCACCAGCGUCUGGUGGAUUCACUGCAAACUUCACUUGAGGCUGAGACUAGGAGCCGUAAUGAGGCCCUCAGGAUCAAAAAGAAGAUGGAAGGUGAUCUAAAUGAAAUGGAGAUUCAGCUCAGCCAGGCUAAUCGUGCAGCAGCUGAGGCCCAUAAACACCUGAAAGUGGCACACAGUACUCUUAAGGACACCCAAAUUCAAUUGGAUGAUACAUUAAGGGCCAAUGAUGAUCUUAAAGAAAACAUUGCAAUUGUGGAGAGGAGGAACCUGCUGCUCCAAGCUGAGCUGGAGGAACUGCGGUCACUGUUGGAACAGACAGAGAGAGCACGCAAGCUUGCAGAGCAAGAGCUGAUAGAGACCAGUGAGAGGGUCCAACUCCUCCACUCUCAGAACACCAGCCUGAUUAAUCAGAAGAAAAAGAUGGAGUCUGACCUGUCCCAACUACAGACAGAGGUUGAAGAGGCAAUUCAGGAAUGCCGCAAUGCAGAGGAAAAAGCCAAGAAAGCAAUUACUGAUGCUGCCAUGAUGGCUGAGGAGCUGAAGAAAGAGCAGGACACGAGUGCUCAUUUGGAGAGGAUGAAGAAGAACAUGGAGCAAACCAUCAAAGAUCUUCAGCAACGCCUGGAUGAAGCUGAGCAGAUUGCCAUGAAAGGAGGCAAGAAACAGCUGCAGAAGCUGGAGGCUCGAGUUCGGGAACUGGACAAUGAGCUGGAGGCUGAGCAGAAGCGCAAUGCAGAGUCUGUGAAAGGGAUGAGGAAAUAUGAGAGGCGCAUUAAAGAGCUCACUUACCAGACAGAAGAGGACAGGAAGAACAUGGCUCGUCUUCAGGACCUGGUUGACAAGCUGCAGCUGAAAGUGAAGGCUUACAAGAGACAGUCAGAAGAGGCUGAGGAACAAGCCAACACAAACUUGGCCAAGUUCCGGAAGGUUCAGCAUGAGCUGGAUGAGGCAGAGGAACGAGCAGACAUCGCGGAGUCUCAGGUCAAUAAGCUGAGAGCCAAGAGCAGAGAUGUGGGAGGCAAGCAAAAGGUCCUUGAUGAAGAAUAAAGAGGCUACGUUCCCAGGAGUGCUGUUUUAGUGAAAUUGUACAUACUCUGUAAUCAACGUUAAAAUAAAGAGUGUCUGCAUAAUGCAUAACUCUCUAUAACAA